AUGGCGCUGAGCCCCGAGCCCGUGAGCAGGUUCCCCGUGCUGCCCACGACGGGCAGCCCUGAGCCCGGGCCGUCUGGCGCCCCCAACGCCUCCCUCAACGGCUCCUGGGCCGGCCCAGCGGAGCCCAGCUCCCUGGAGGACCUGGCGGCCACCGGGGCCAUCGGGGCGGUGCUCUCGGCCAUGGGCGUGGUGGGUGUGGCCGGCAACGCCUACACGCUGGUGGUCACGUGCCGCCUGCGCACCGCGGCCGCCCUGUCCGUCUACGUGGCCAGCCUGGCGCUGGCCGACCUGCUCUACCUGCUCAGCAUCCCCUUCAUCGUGGCCACCUACGUCACCCGGCGGUGGCACUUCGGCGACCUGGGCUGCCGGGCGCUCUUCAGCCUGGACUUCCUGACCAUGCACGCCAGCAUCUUCACGCUGACCAUCAUGGGCAGCGAGCGCUACGCGGCCGUGCUCAGGCCCCUGGACACGGCGCGGCGCUCCAAGGCCUACCGCAAGGGGCUGGCUCUGGGCGCGUGGCUGCUGGCGCUGCUCCUGGCGCUGCCCAUGGCGCUGGCCGUCCGGCUGGUCCGCAGGGGCCGCAAGAGCCUCUGCCUGCCCGUCUGGGGGCCGCGCGCCCACCGCGCCUACCUGACGCUGCUCUUCGGGACCAGCAUCGCGGGGCCCGGCCUGGUCAUCGGGCUGCUCUACGCGCGCCUGGCCCGGGCCUACUGGCGCUCGCAGCGGGCCUCCUUCCCGCAGACGCGGCGGCUGCCCAACCCCCGCGUGCUGCGCCUCAUCGCGGCCGUCGUGGGGCUCUUCUGGGCCUGCUUCCUGCCCUUCUGGCUGUGGCAGCUCCUCGCCCAGUACCGCGGGCCCACGUCGCUCUCGCCCCGCGCCGCCCGCCUGGUCAACUACCUGACCACCUGCCUCACCUACGGCAACAGCUGCGUGGACCCCUUCCUCUACACGCUGCUCUCCAGGAGCUACCGCGACUGCCGCCGCCGCCCGCCGCGCUGCCCGGGCCGGCCUCCCCCUGCGGGGCCCCGCGCGCUCGCCGUCCUCCGAGGGCUCAGGAGGGGCCCGCGGCCCCCUGUGAGCGCCGGGGUCCAGGGUGGGAGGUGGCCUGGGCCCUGCAGGGGACCCCUCCACCCCGGAGGGCAGGCUGCCACCCCCAGCCCCUCCUAG